CGUACCCAGAGCCGUCGUUCCUCUUGGUCAGCGCCGAGAAACGAGGACUCUGGCACACAGCGUUCUCACCAACAGGAUUUUCUGUUGUUCCGGUUUUAUGGCGCAUGCGUGAGCCAUUUUCAAAAUGGCGGAGAGUUUGAUAAUCGAUAGGUUUCACCAGGCGAUAAAUAUAUCACUGAAAACUCUCGGAAAAGAAUCUCUAAAUCUCAAAGAAGCUCAGUACGAAGCGAUCAAGGCUGUGGUCUUAGAUAAAAAGGAUACYUUGGCUGUUUUACCGACUGGUUAUGGAAAGUCAUUGAUUUAUCAAUGCCUCCCGUUCGUAUUUGAAGAACUCGACUCUACCAAAUCUACCGUCCUGGUGGUAUCUCCACUCAAUGCAUUGAUGCAAGACCAGAUUGAAAAACUUAAAGAUAAAGUUUCUUGCACAGUUAUCAAGACAAACGAUGCUCAGAGUAAUCUUACAUGUGACUGCAAACUUGUCUUUGCUCACCCAGAGGUGUUCACCUCAAAAUACUUCUCUACGUCUCCUCUCAUGAAAACUCUCAGUAAAUCUGUAAAAGCCAUUGUCAUCGAUGAGUCUCACCUUGUUGUUGAAUGGAAAACUUUUCGCCCAGCCUAUGGAAAAGUGUCCAUGCUGUCAAGUGUUUUUCCACAUGUACCAGUACUUGCCCUAACAGCCACUGCGACAGUUGCUAUGAAGAAAAAUAUCACGKAGUCUUUAGGACUUUGUGAUCCACAAGUGAUUGCAGUUAAUYCUGAUAGGCAAAACAUUUUCUUUUCAUCAUUCCUUAGAAAGGCUAGUGGAGAUGAUAAACUAGUUGAAAUCUUACAGCCUUUAGUAAAGGAGCUAAGGAGGGAAAGGCAAGAUUUCCCUUUGACUUUGAUUUAUGGAAACCUUGAUACUAUUGCUGAAUGUUAUACGUAUUUUAGCCAGUCAUUGGGUGUGGAGCAGUAUAGUGAACAAAAUGGUGAAAAGGGUGCCAGGAACAGGCUCUUHACCCAGUUCCAUGCUCAAUAUCCAGAGCAUGAAAGACAGAGAAUCGUUAGUGAACUGGCCAAUGGAACAUCGAAACUUAGAAUCCUUUUUGUGACCGUUUCCUUCGGCAUUGGCAUUGACAUAAAGAAUAUAAGAAGAGUUAUUCAUAUUGGGGUUCCGUAUACUAUGGAAGAAUAUUUUCAGGAAGCUGGAAGAUGUGGUAGGGAUGGUCUGCCAGCAAAAGCAUUUAUUUAUUAUAAUGCAUAUGAUAUUUCAAAAUCAAAAAGUCAAAUGUCUGAUGUCAUGAGAGAGUUUGUAAAGUUAAGCAACAGAUGCAAGAGAGAAUUCAUCCUACAUUAUUUUGGCCAUCCAACACCAUCAAGAAGAAUGCUUSAAGAUCACACAUGUUGUGACUUCCAUAAAUCUAUAUGUCAGUKUGACAGUUGCUUGAUGCAGGACAUUGAAGCGUCUCAACAAGCACUGUCAUUACAAGAAUCACCUGUACCCUCUAGAUCCCUUGAUUAUAGAGCCAGGAGUCUCUCUGACAAUACUAAGGAGAAACUGCAUAAUGCCUUGGUUGACUACCGGCUGAGUCUUCAUGGUUCAGGACCAUCUUGUGUUGGAGGGUUAGACUUGGCAACAGGUUUCAGCAUAGAGCUUAUURACAUGAUAGUUGAGAAAGCACCACAACUUCAUUCAUUAGAAGAUAUCAAAGAUAAUUUGCCUAUUUUCAGCAAUGAACACACAGAAAAAAUCUUUACCAUUCUUCAGCUUCAUGUAAAAUCACUGAGGUAAUUACCUUUAUUCACUUGUAAAUUCUCAUCUUGUAUAAUUUUGUAUGAUUUCAUUGUUUAAACUAAAUAGACCAAGUUAUCACAGCUAGCAUGAAAAUUUAAAUAUUUGAUUUGACAAAAAUAAUUCCAGUACCAUCUUGUUUACAUUGACAAUCAUUAAAAUGACAAGUUUCAAAGAGAUUGAUCUCAUAUAGGCAAAGAUAUGAAUUUUCAAAAGUAUGCAUUUUCACAUAUAAAUCAUUGUAACCAGUCGUGCAUACCCCGUGACAAUGACCCCAUGAGCCCUUGAAUUCUCAAGGUACUGUAAGCACACUCAAAAUACAAAACGUUGAAAAAUCUAAUCUCAUUUAAAAGCUAUCUCUUUGAGACUUCACAUCUGUUACAAUAAAUGCGUUCAUUCACUGUUUUUUUUUUUUUUUUUUUUUGUUAAAUGAAUAUUUGAAAAUGUCAUUUUGGCACAAUAUAAGUAAUGUAAAGUUCAAUAUAAAUAUUGGCACUAUAUACAUGACCAUUUUUUUCAAUAUUUUUGUUAGACACUUACUAAAGUUAAUUGUUGUGUAUUUGAAACCAAGUGAACCAUUCAAAUGCAUUUAUUAUAGCUUAAUAAUAUAAUCAUGUAUAAGUAUUUUACAUUAUUUUAUACAUCUGAAAAUUUKUAGUAUUUAUAAUAUAUCAGUUACAAACUUAGUUGGACUGUCUAGCAGUAGAGUAA